GGACUAGUCGCGAGGAACGCUCCGCGCGCGGCCACGGCUAGGGGAUCCACAGGUGCGUGACGUCAGGGGAGCUGAAGGUGCACUGACCCAAGUUUUAAAACAAAGUGCUUUUUUACAAGCACCUGCAAGCUCAGCGAAGCGGAGAUUUUUUUUUUUUACAAGCGUGGUUUCGUUCCGUCGCCAUCCGAGAGUUGAGCUGAGUGUUAGGUUUGUCCUUCUCGCCUUUGCGGAACCAAGCCGUGAACUACAUGUAUAUUCUGAUGGAUUCCCCAUUAGCUGACACAGACAGCCAGCCCGACCUGCAGAGACUGUUUUCUGCCUGCGACCUGAACAAGUCGGGCAGGAUCGAGUAUGAGGACUUUGCGGCGGUGUGCCGGGAGCUGAACGUCCGCAGCUCCGAAGUGGCCUUCCUGUUCAACAAGUUCGAUGUGGACCAAGACGGCUGUAUCGAUUACAGUGAUUUCUCGGCCCGGUUCCACGAGGUGUCGGAGACUCUGGACCUGGCUGCGCUCGGGGGAGCCCCGCACGAGCCCAGCAGCCCCUGGGAGGACUUUGAGGACAGGAUGGGGGACGAGAUCGGUUACCUGGGGAGGGGGCAGGAACAGGUGGCACGGCUGUACCAGCAGAUCCACGCCUUCUCCGACGACGCUCUGCUGCAGCAGUACGAGUCCCUGAUCGACACGCUGGUGACGGAGCACCGGGGCCACAGCCUGGAGACCGAGCAGCUGGAGAGCGCACUCAGGCGGGCAGAGGAAAUGACAGCACAGCAGCUGACCGAGCUGGAGGAGGACUUGCAGCAGCAGCUGGCCAGUGUGGAGAAGAGGGUCCGAGAGGAGGAGCGGCAGAGGCUGGAAGCCGCCGUGGCGGAGAUCCAGAGGAGACACGAGAGCGAAGUGGCUGAUCUGCAGGUGGCCGUGGAGAGGCUGCGGAAGCAGCAAGAGGAAUUCUGGCACAGCAGCUCCAGGGAAGACAUUCAUCAGCUAAAAGAUCAGAUCACUGAGAUGACUCAGGAAAAUGAGCAGCUGAGGAGCUCGCUUGUGAAAGCCCAGAUGAGCGUUUCCAUUCUGCAGGUAGAAAUGGAUAAGCUGAAGAACGAGUAUGCAGACCAGAAGCUGCAGCACGAGCGGGAGAAAGAGGUCCUGCGGAAGAUGCUGGCUGAACGUCAGUCCUACUGCAAUCAGAUUGAAAUCCUCCAGACGAUGAACAAGAAGCUGUACGACAGCAAUGACGGGCUGCGCUCAGCCUUGGUGACCAGCGUGGGGCUGGGGAAGAAGAGGCAUCUGUCGAUCAGGGAUGAGAGUCCGCUAUUGAGUUUAAAGCCUGGUGACCAGCGCAUGCUCAAUUACAGCAGCUUUGCCAGCGAGGACGAUGCCAUGACGGUGGAUUCUUACGAGCCCACAGACACCAGAUACUCCCAGGUGGCCAGCUGGGCGGACAGGUACCUGGACAGCGGUGUGUCUGUGUCUCUGGAGCCAGGCGAUGAGUCUGGCAGCGAGUACGAAAGCGACGACAGUCCCAACUCCGUGGAGACCGUGCACUACAGCUACUCCUACGUGCAGUCGGACGUAGAGAUGUCGGAUUUGAAGUCGGAGGGGACGGCCUCCGUCGCCCCCAGCCGGCGAAGUUCCAUUGCCUCUUCCAUCCGGAGGCGUCUCCCAGCGUUCACCCCCAAGCCAAUGGACACUGUUGAUGCUGAAGCCCCUGGGCCGAUGUACAGACUGGUCUUGGCUGGGGAUGCAGGAGCAGGGAAGUCCAGCUUUCUACUUCGGCUGAGCACAAACGAGUUCAGAGGAGACAUUCAGACUACAUUAGGAGUCGAUUUCCAAAUGAAAAAGAUGCUGGUUGAUGGGGAACAGACGACUUUGCAGAUCUGGGACACUGCAGGACAGGAGAGGUUCCGCAGCAUUGCCAGGUCGUACUUCCGGAAGGCUCAUGGGAUACUGCUGCUGUACGACGUCACCUCGGAGAGGAGCUUCCUCCACGUCAGAGAGUGGAUUGACCAGGUUCAGGAUUCCACAGUCGACCACAUCCCCAUGUGUCUGAUUGGGAACAAGACCGACCUGAGGACAGAGGAGACGGAGUCCAGCUGCGUCCACACGGCACAUGGGGAGAAAUUAGCCAUGGCCUACAAUGCCCUGUUCUGUGAGACCAGCGCUAAGGAAGGGACUAACGUUGUGGAAGCUGUCCUUCAUCUUGCACGGGAAGUUAAAAAGAGCACAGUUCUGAGAAGGAAGUCGGAGCCACAGAUGAACGUGACUAUUGUGGACGGUAAAAAAGCCCUGAGCAGCUGCUGUAAGAUGUAAGAAUUUGAAUGUUUUCCACAACGAAACAACAGGGCUGACACCAGUGAGAGACAUCCUGCACAUUUUGGCUGGCUCCAGAAUGCAGAAUGAACUCGCAUUAAAGAAGACUGACAUUUUGUGCAACUCUAGCUUUGUCUUAAAGUUUUGACCAGUUUCAAACCAGUAAGACAUAGACUCAUGAUGAUCAGACAAAAAAGCAUUUCAGAAACAUUUUCCUCCCGAGAAGUAACUGCUUGGAUUUUUUUCAAUGUGUAUUACUUCAAAAGCCAUCUGGACUCUCGCAAAGAAUCUUGUCUUGGGACACUGAAGGAUACCUUCCCAUUUUUUUAAGAUUUUUGCCAUACAGGUCAACACUAGAAACUAGAUUCAUAUAGCACUGCUUAACUAAUUUUAUAACCUACAAUUGUAUUGUUUUCUUAGAUAACCCAUUUCAUAUAAGCUUGAAGCGUUUGAAAGAUAGAACCUUUCCCAUGUUUCUUCUUCAGUGUUGAUGGGAGGGGAGUGUUUAUUCUGCAGCUUUCCAAUCUGUCACUCUCUCCCAAUAUUCAAAAUGUAAUACAAAAUGCAGAGGAACUGUCUUGGGUAACAUGCAUGCUUACAGGGGAGUUUCUUUUAUGCACUUUUAAUGAAAGGUUCAGUUCAAGUACACUGAUGUUAAUGAGUGCUGACAGUGUUUGGGGGAUGGCACAAUGUUUAACUGUUAGGCACAGAACCAUGCACUCUUUCCCGAGAUGGUUUUCUAAUGCAAAAUCAGAGCAACUGUUCAAAUAUGGUUUACACAUUCUUAAGCUACUGUAGUGGGAUAAGUAUUUUAAAUGUUUUGUAUAACUAUUUGCUAUGAAUGUAUUUUAUAUUAAAAUGUUUUAUAUUUUUAAUAAGACAACUUUUGCAUUUGAAUACCUCAAAACAAUGAAGGACCGAUUGUACAAUUCUUAGCAUAGAUGUCUAUAAAUGAAAAACAUUUAGUGUUUUGAACUUGGCUACGUGUAUAAAAGGAAAUAAAUAUUCAAACAUUUAACAAUGAUUUGCAAAGUAGUAUUUUUUUUAAAUGAAACUACUUGUUUUGGAAUACAACUUGGAAAAAGGUGUUACUGACAUUUUUCCUCACUAAAGUUUCAUUGAAGACUGGUGUUGAUUGUAGUUGAUUUAAAAAUGAUUCUAAAAGAUGCUCAUGUAUGCUAGAUUAAUUGAAAUGACUGAAAUCCAAAAAUGCUAGCUGCUACAGUUGCAGAAGCAAUCUGUUUUGUGACUAUAAUCCAAUUCUUUUCAUGUUAUUGGUUGUUAAACUCUGGAGCGUGAACAGGUAUUUUUAAUACAACUUUUAAACCCCCCUCCCUCUUAUAUACAUGAUGCAAGCAUGUGUAAAUACAUCCUUCUUAAAUGCAGCUUAUAACCUAUUCCAAUAAUCUUCAGUAGUUGCUGAAUUUGAACUAUAGCCAUUGUACAACUACUUGUGACUUCACAGAUUUUUCACCUAACUGACAAUGUGUUUAAGUUUUACUGUUUGCUUUCAGCUUGACUCCUUAAAACUCCUUAAAACCCUUAUGCACAAUUAACAAUUAACUGACCUAUGACAAAUUAAAGCUUGAACUUCAUUCCAAUUAGGUCACUGAGCUUACGCAAAGUGUCCCAUGUGUAAGUAAAAUCCUGCUCAAUGGAAUGCAAUGUCUGCACCACCUCACUUGAAAAUGUUACAAGAUAAUGUUUUAUCGACUGUUACACAUGAGCGUGUUCUCUAAUUUGAAAUAUACAGAAUAUGGAGCACUAAAGUAACUUUACAAGACAAAAAAAAGUUAACCCAUUACAACAGAUGUAAGAAAUACAAAGACUGGAUGGAACAGCAACUGCCUUGUGUCCAGUCCAUAACACUUCUGUCCAGAUCAGCCUAACUUUUGAUCCCAGGUCUCACCAAAUGAAAAUAAAAUCCCUGUUUAUUAACAGAAAAACAACAGUGAUCUCCAUGCAGCUUCUGUGUUUUCACAAUCACGAGACAAAAUGACCUAAAAAGCUACAGUUUAUUAAAUAAUUACAUGUUGGGGGCAAAGUUUGAUACAAAAAUACAAGGUUAUGUAGCUCCAAGCAAGGCAGUCUGCUCCUUUUGCUUUUAUGGUUUAAAUUCUGUUCAUAACAGG